AUGUUUUUUUUGGCCUAUUUUGUUUUGGCCUAUUUUGUUUUGGCCUAUUUUUUUUUUGGCCUAUUUUUUUUGGCCUAUUUUUUUUGGCCUAUUUUUUUGGCCUAUUUUUUUUUGGCCUAUUUGUUUUUGGCCUAUUUUUUUUUUGGCCUAUUUUUUUUUGGCCUAUUUUUUUUGGCCUAUUUUUUUGGCCUAUUUUUUUUGGCCGAUUUUUUGACAAUUUUUUAA